CAACACCGUAGCGGCAAUAAGGUGCCCAUGCACAGCGCGCUAAAGUCCACCGAUGCAGCUGGGACUAUAGUGUUUAAAGUAACGCGCAGUCAGUCCAUUCGCGACUGCCAGCCGGGCAAGACAUUCGGAUCUCUUUGUCUGCUUGCCUCUUAGCCGAGUCGUGGCGCGUGCAGUCGCGCGCGUCCGCACACAACGACGCACAUAGUGUUUCUCCAUUUUACAAAAUAGCAUCGUCCUCGGCGUAGGUAGUAAAAGACAUGGAGAAGAUUAAGUUGAGAAGGACUUUCGUCGUGGCAAAAGCUCGUAAAUAAACACAUCCAACAUCGAAUCCUUUGAUCGUUCGAAAGUUCGAAAGCCGAUGACACUCCCUGACCAGCGUCAAGAAGAUCGAGAGGCAAGACAUCAGACUUUCUGAGAGUUGAAAGAGAAGAGGAAAAGAAGAGGCGGAGGAGGAGGAAGACGUCUUUCGUCUCUUCCCGUAGAAGACGAUGCCGUUCGUCGUAUUCUCGAAGAACCAUGAGAAUCGUUGUCGCUUGCUGAGAGGAGCAGAAGAAGGAGAAGAGGAGGAAGAAGAAGAAGAAGAAGGAGAGAAGGAGAAAAGGAAGAAAAGGAUAGAAACGAAGUCAAAGUGGCGUUGGUAGACCUACGAAGGCUUUUAUAUGUACGAGAAACGCUCUUUGCCGCUCACGGCGAGAUAUGAGCUCUAAAUUUAGCCGUAAGAAUUUUCGCGGCAUCUACACGCGCGGCUGUUCCUUCUCGCGACUACCAUCGCCGCUAUUUCGCGUCUUUUGCUUGAUUUUCACAGGACGAGUCGCACUGGGCUCGGAUUUAUACGAAGCCAAGUGUGCGGCUAAAGAGAGAUAAAGAGAGCGAGAGAGGAGAGAAAGAGAGAAAGAGAGACCAAGAGCGGACACGCGCGUUCGUUCUUUCUCUUUCUUUCGUUCUGAUCUCGUUCUCUUCACAACGCUAGUUUCUCGCAUUAACAGUACUAAAAGAGUAUACGUCUGUGUACAUCCGUCUGUGUGUCUCUUCGUAAGAAUAGAAGAAUAGUAGACGACGAGAAGAGAACCUUUAUUUUCGGAUGACUCUCUGAAAAGAUGCUGAUCACCAAGUACACUACGAUACUGCUGCAGUCGACCAAUCAGCACAUCAUUCGCCUCUCCGUUGUCCCUCUGGGUGCUAUCACGCGCCACCGAGCAAAAAAGGGACGGAGGGUACAUGUGGAAAAACUUGCUAGCGACGGACUGGGUUUUCCAUGAUCUCUUUACGACCCCUUGGACCGUUGCCACUGGACCACGCACCGGAAGCGAUGUCUUCUUGGAACCGUAUCUGCAGCAGCACGGGACAGUUCAAGUUGUCAGCUCGCCGAGCACGCCACCGCCGAAUCCGCUCCAACAUCAUCAGCUUGCACAGCUACAUCAUGGGCAGAGCGAAGAGUCGCUUUCUUCGGAAGGCUCGGCCACCUCGGGAGGAUCUUCAGGCACCACAGAAGAUUCUGGCAGCGAGGUGGCAUGUGACAUAACGCUGAUCGAAAGGCUCAUACGAUCUCAUCCGAUUUGGUUCCUCCCGGGUAUUCAAAGGGCUGGCGCUUUCCACUUGUUGCAAGGGAAGGAGGAAGGGAAUUUCGUAGUCCGACAAUCAAGUCAAAGCGACACGAUGGCCCUUUCGGUGAGAUUACCGGCCGGGAAGGGACCUUAUAUCGAGCACUACCUGAUCCAAGCCAACAAGGGGAAGUUGAGCUUGGAAACAAGCGAGAACAGGUUCGACAACAUCCCCUCACUGAUAGCUCAUUAUUCCCAGUGCUGUGAUGAAUUGCCAGUGCAAUUGACGCUACCGAGAGCAAUGCGAGAGGCCAAGAAUAGGCAACAACUUUCGUCACUAGCACUUUUGGGUCAAGAAUUUUGGAGAUAUCCGAUGGCGAAUCCAAAACCACCGGAAAGCAGUAGUAGUAACACAUCGAGCUUAAGCAGUUUCCAUGGUUGUAACAACAAUCAUAAUAACAAUAAUAACAACGGUGGUACUCCGACGACAGAAAGCAUCGUUCUUAAUCUCGCACCUAUUUCUUCUCACGAUACACAAAAUUCAUCGCCAACAAACACAGGGACGACGUCGACGUUUGCUUCAUCUUUACCACGACAGCCAAGACCAACGCCACCAAAUACGCUUAAUCUGACGACUUUUAACGAGCCACUGGAUAUAAAGAAAGACCAGCACGAAAUCAUGUCUCCGUGUGAGAAACUCUCGCAAAAAUUGAUUUCACCGAAUUUGGUGCAAAGCGUACGUUGCCCAUCGCCCAUAGUUCACAACGUCGAGAGCAACGUUCUUAGUCCCACUCAGGAUACUAAGGGAAACUUCGAGAGCGUGAGAAAUAUCCUUGAAACACCGAAGACGACGAUCGUCGAGUUUUCCAGAAGUAGCAAGUUUACCUCGAUCGGCACGUCGACAUCGAAUUUCCAUCAAAAUAUUUCCAACUUCAAUAAUCCCUCGUGCGCAAAUUCACCUAUCAUUGCUGAAGGUCAGAUCGUUGGGCAGAAUGUCAAAACUCCACCGCCACCACCACCGAGAUGGGCAAAACCUGGAUUAAGUCAGAAUCAAAGUAAUUUCACUGUAACCACAACCGUUACGUUCAAUGUCAAUCAAACUAACGACAUUAACGUGUCACAGCAAAACACACCAACGGAAGCGAACACGUCAUUAUUGAGUCCGCAAAGCGCAACAUCCAACAAAUCUCUCACGUCGAACUUUUCCAUAAAAUCACCUCUUUCGCCAACGAUGCCAGUGUUAUCACCCAUGUCGAAACUAGUCUCCAAUGUUGGUAGCAAAACACCAAACGUUCUCUCGCCCACGACACCGUCUAGCACAAGCAAGUCAAAACGACGACGUGAUCGCGAAGCUAGAAAGAAUUCCCAGCAUUAUCAAGAAUCUGAUAUCCUUGAUUCGUAUUACCGCAGCUCACCAGGUGAUAAGAUCUCGGACUACGAGGAUAUCUGGAACACAACCGAUCAAUCAAAUCACUCUACUUGGUCACCGAACGAUAGACUCGCACGUAACGAGCCACCCGGUAAUGCUCAGGAUCGUUUAAGAAAUUCCAACGAUCGACUGAUCGGCCAAGAGAGAUUACUCAGUCCGAUCGAGAGAUGUCCCAAUCAGAGAGAAGACAGGUUGAUGGGGAAUAAGCAAUUGAUCGUAAGAAACGAGAGGUUUAUUUUGAGAAAUGACAAGUCGGUUAUAAAUGAGAAACUUGGUUACAAGGAGGUCACUAGUCCAGAAUUCAGUAGUUUCAAACCCGUUCCUGAAAUGAAAAAUAUCGAACAGGUAUCACCUGAAGAAACGGGGAUGGGAAGAAGACCCGAUCUACUCUCUAGAGUUUGUAGUGCCAAUUCGCUGAACAGUCCUAGUGCAAUCACACCGCCAAGAAAUAAAUUAGGAUUGAUACUCGCCAAGUCGGAAAGCAAUAGUCCUCUGACACCUGAAUCGAAACAAGGUAGUCCAUUUUACGCGGAGCCAGCUGACGCGAUCGCUCAAAGCGCAGCGAUUAUACCAAGGAGACGAUCGAAGAACAAUCCGGCAACAAAUAAAUAUCGUCAUAGCGAACCAGGCUGGUUACAAACACCGAUUGGCAAUAAUUCGAAUCAAUUGCAUCCUAUCGACUGGGAGGAGACGGAAGAGACGGAGGAUAAAACACCAUUGAUAUCAUCGUCCGUCGACAAUUUAGCUAAACGCCUUGGCACGAGGGAAGUGAAAAAAAUUCCUCGGGCAAAACCCGUGCAACCACCAAAAAUUAGAGUCAAGGUAUUCAACGAUACAUCCUGGGCCGUGGAUUCAAGUUGGGAGUUUAUCGGAAACGAAGGAGAUGAUUGUGAGCCAGAUUACGACUGUGAUGCAGAUUACGAUGGAGAAAAUGUUGCGAGAAAAUUUCCAGACGAGGAGUGCGAUAAAGAUAUUGUAAGAAAUACUUUGACCGUUCAGAGUAUCAUUCUGCAACGGUACCCAGAAUUGUUAAAACCACCGGAUACGUCAGAGUCGGUAUAUAGCGACAGGAACUCCUCGUACGAUAAUGUCGAAAAGAGGAAUGAAAGAGAAGACACGCCGGAAUCGAGAAAGGAUCAAACCUAUGACCCAUCCGAAUGGGAAACUAUGUUGGAUACAGACGAGAGCGAUGUAGAGAGAAUCAAGAGAAACAAAAGCUUCAAGGAAAGACUGGAUCCUCUCCUGUCACCACCGCGAUUACAAGCUCUAAGGAAUCGCGAUGUGAGUGGUACUGGUUCAACAAUAAGAUCGUACGCCCUUCAAUUAGCAGCCGACAAAACAACCACAUUCUCCCAAAAUAUCGACAAUUUCAUUCAAUGCACGAAGGAAGGCAAAGAAGCGAGCCCUCAUGUGGUCAUGAGGAACAUGCGACAAUUUAUGUCGGGAAUGAAGAAUUAUUUGGUGAAGCAUGGGGAAAGAGAGUUCGAAAAGGAAGUCGAGAAAGAGAGAUUAAAGCUAAAACCGAACGAAUUUUUGAAUCUUGAUGCUAUUCUGGAAGGUGUGAUGAUGGGUCUCGUUGUACGGCCACUCAGAGAGCAUGUUUAUAGGCUCUUCGUUGAUCAUUAUGCUAGCAACGGCUCUCUUCAAACACUCGCUGAAAGUAUUCAACAUGCCCAGGGUAAACACGUUCAAGAUCUUGGUGUUCGACCAAAAAUUAUACCUCCGUCGGAAUCAAGUCUGGAACGUAUAUUGAAGUACCUCGAGCGAUUACAGAAAGCAGAUUCCCCAUUGGAUAAGUUGGAGAAUUUAUUAGCUGCAAUAUCUGCAAUAUUUAACUCUGUAAAACAUGCCAAUUCCGGAAGGCAUGUGACACUAGGCGCAGACGAUCUUUUACCUCUUCUCGUCUGGGUAUUGGUUCGUGGUAAGGUCGUGGAUGCCGAAGUUGAAGCCGAGUAUAUGUGGGGCCUCCUCCAUCCUUCUCUUCUUACUGGAGAAGGUGGUUAUUACUUGACGACGCUCUCUAGUGCGGUGCACGUGUUGAAGACUUUUAAAUCCAGUCACGGAACAAUGUCCACAUUAAACGGCUGUGGAACGCCAGACUGCUCUUCCGUUCUACGUAUUCUUGUACCAGAUGAAUUGCAUGGUUCUUUGAAUACUAGAACGUUACCAGUGCGGCCGAAUAUGAAUACCAGAGAUAUUUGCCGCAUUCUUGCACACAAAAUAAGAUGCACCAAUCCUCAGGAUUAUGGUCUUUUCAAAUUGGUGCAAGGAGAAGAAACGCUGUUAGGCGAUCAUGAAUGUCCGCAAGAGCUCUCUCACUGCCUUUUUGCCUAUAAACGAAUCGAUGCGAAGAUAGCCUGGCCGAAAACCAGUUCUUGAACGUCGCAAAACAGCGUAUUUUUUAUUAAACUAAAUUAGAUUUGUAUCAUUCUCGUGUUGUUCGUAAGUUCGUGACACAUUGUCAUUCUAUAAUUAUUCUACUUUGACUGAACUAUUUAAUAGGAAACUUCUAUGAAACUGGUGUGUCAAUCCAUGUAACUGAUUGUAUCUUAUAUACAUUUCGUGUUAUUGCGAAUAGUAUUGUUCUAUCAGAUCUGUACAACAUUUUUUCUCAAUCAGAAUUUUUUAAAGAUCUUUUUAAUUACAAUCUAUGCAUAUAAGAAUUUUAUUCCACGAAGGCAUUGUUACACGCUUAGUUUCCUUUUAAAGCACCCAUCUAACCUUUCAUGAACAAUAAAAAGCUUUAUAAAGAUUUAUAUCUUAUCUUCAAAAUACUUGCCAUUUUAGUACUCGUAGUACUUUUUCAUCAUAAAAAGUUUAAAAUAAUGGUAUAUCUCAUAAACUUGUAAAGAGAUAAAGCAUUCGACAAUAUGACUUAUUUUUCUUUUCAAUUGUUAACAUUUUUACUGAAAGAUAUUUUCCUUGUUAAGACACAUGUGUAAAAUUCACAACCAGGUAGUUGAAAAUAUUUCAAGCAGGUGCUACUUUUAAAAAAGUUAGCUGUAUCAAACGUACUGCGCUAUUUAAAACUAAAUCUUAUACGGAAAGUGUAAGAUAAUAACAUCAUUCACAAAUCGACGUCAAAAAAUAAAGAUUAAAUAUCGCGUAUGUUCUACUUUUCCAUUCGUAUAUAUAAUGUAUCAGUGAAAACCAUAUUAUUCAAUAUAAACAUCUACAUGAACGACAUUACUAAUACGAUUAUAUUCUUUUAAAUGAGCAGAGUGGGAUUCGAAUUAAGAGAACCAUGUUGUUCGUAAUAAAAUUGUGUAGAGUAUGGAACAAAAAAAAUAGUUUUUCAAAAUAAAUAUUUAUUUCGACGUAUAUAAAUUAAAAGUAGAAUUAGAAUCAAGUAUACUUAAUUCCCUUUUCCCUAUAGAAAGUACGUCAUUGUGUGUAUUGAUUAAGGACAUGGCAUGGUUGCAAUAAAAUUAACAAAAAAAAAGAAGAUACAACGAUAGAUCUAUGGUCUCUAUGGUCGAAACCAACUUUGCGAAGGGAGUACUAUACAUUUUCUAUAAUUGAUUAAAUUGUAGGUUCUUGAUACAAAUUAUAGAAUAGAGCACAAAAGACUAGUUUAGACUCUAUUUUAAGUACUUUUUAUGACAUAUGGUGAAUUACUAGAUAAGCAAUUUGUAUUUUAGGUAAUGUUCGUAUAUUUAUUGGAAGUUGUAUACAUAUUUUUCAACAUUUUUCGAAUGUUUCUUUAAGCAUGCAUUUUUUUAGAAUUUGCUCGACUGAUUUGGGCAUCGAUUAUAGGCUAUGCGAUGUUAUUAAGACUUGACGUGAAAACAACAUUGAUAAUAGAAAACGAUGUGCAUUUCAAAUAUAAUUACCAUUAAAUGAAAAAUAAGAUAAAAAUGUGUAUCACGAAAUCACCGAUAUCCUAAAUCUAAAAGCAUUACUUGUAAAUCCUGUACGAAUCAGUGGAGCACUUAUUAUCCUGUGGGAGACAGUACUCGAUAUAUGUAAUAUUAGUAAUUAUAUGUACAUUUCUUCUCCUCUAAUUUAUUAAAAGCGUUUUUAAUACAUGUAUAUGUAUGUAUAUUCGUUUAUACACGUUAUACGCGUAUAUUCGUGUAUAUCUAAGACAUGUAUGAUAAAUAUUCGUUGCAUAGA